GGCAGCUGUAGAAAGGGGAGGCCAUUUUCUGUUUCUAGGAAGACUGUGGGAGAGGGGAGGGAGAAAAAGAAGGGGAAAAACGGGCUCAGCGGCUCCCUGCCUGGACGGAAAGGCAGCUUCAGCAGUAGGGUCAGGUCGCUGAGGUCCCGGAGAUGUUUUCCCUUUCAAGCACGGUGCAGCCCCAGGUUACAGUUCCUCUGAGUCAUCUCAUCAAUGCCUUCCAUUCACCAAAAAGCACAUCUUCUGUCAGUGUAUCAGUGUCUCAAAACCAGCAUCGAGAUGUGGUUCCUGAGCACGAGGCUCCCAGCAGUGAGCCUGUGCUUAACUUAAGGGACCUUGGAUUAUCGGAAUUAAAAAUUGGACAGAUUGAUCGAUUGGUAGACCAUCUACUUCCUGGAUUUUGUAAGGGCAAAAACAGUUCUUCGCAUUGGCAUACUUCUCAUGUCUCUGCACAGUCCUUCUUUGAAAAUAAAUAUGGUUACAUAGAUGUACUUAGUACUUUGCGUUCCUCUUGCUUGUACAGGCGACAUUCAAGAACUCUUAAAAGCAUUUGUUCAGAUCUUCAGUACUGGCCAGUUUUUAUACAGUCUCGGGGUUUUAAAACGUUAAAAUCAAGGACACGACGCCUACAGUCCACCUCUGAAAGAUUAGCAGAAACACAGUAUAUAGCACCAUCAUUUGUGAAGGGAUUUCUUUUGCGAGACAGGGGAUCAGAUGUUGAGACUUUGGACAAACUCAUGAAAACAAAAAACAUACCUGAAGCUCAUCAAGAUGCAUUUAAAACUGGUUUUGCAGAGGGUUUUCUGAAAGCUCAAGCACUAACACAAAAAACCAAUGAUUCUCUAAGGCGAACUCGUCUGAUUCUCUUUGUUCUGCUGCUGUUUGGCAUUUACGGACUCUUAAAAAACCCAUUUUUAUCUGUCCGCUUCCGGACAACAACGGGGCUUGAUUCUGCAGUAGAUCCUGUCCAGAUGAAAAAUGUCACCUUCGAGCACGUUAAAGGAGUAGAGGAAGCUAAACAAGAAUUACAGGAAGUUGUGGAAUUCUUGAAAAAUCCACAAAAGUUUACUGUGCUUGGAGGCAAACUUCCAAAAGGAAUUCUUUUAGUUGGACCACCAGGAACAGGAAAGACACUUCUUGCCCGGGCUGUGGCCGGAGAAGCUGACGUUCCUUUUUACUAUGCUUCCGGAUCAGAAUUUGAUGAGAUGUUUGUGGGUGUGGGAGCCAGCCGCAUAAGAAAUCUUUUUAGGGAAGCAAAAGCGAAUGCUCCUUGUGUUAUAUUUAUUGAUGAAUUAGAUUCUGUUGGUGGAAAACGAAUUGAAUCUCCAAUGCAUCCAUAUUCAAGGCAGACAAUAAAUCAACUUCUUGCUGAGAUGGAUGGUUUCAAACCCAAUGAAGGAGUUAUCAUCAUAGGAGCCACAAACUUCCCAGAGGCAUUAGAUAACGCCUUAAUUCGUCCUGGUCGAUUUGACAUGCAGGUUACAGUUCCAAGGCCAGAUGUAAAAGGCCGAACAGAAAUUUUGAAGUGGUAUCUCAAUAAAAUAAAGUUUGAUCAGUCUGUUGAUCCAGAAAUCAUAGCUCGAGGUACUGUCGGCUUUUCUGGAGCAGAGUUGGAGAACCUUGUGAACCAAGCUGCGUUAAAGGCAGCUGUUGAUGGAAAAGAAAUGGUUACCAUGAAAGAACUAGAGUUUUCCAAAGAUAAAAUUCUAAUGGGUCCAGAGCGUAGAAGCGUGGAAAUUGAUAACAAAAACAAAACUAUCACCGCAUAUCAUGAAUCUGGCCACGCUAUCAUUGCAUAUUACACUAAAGAUGCUAUGCCGAUCAACAAAGCCACCAUCAUGCCCCGAGGGCCAACACUUGGGCAUGUGUCCCUGUUGCCUGAGAAUGACAGAUGGAAUGAAACCAGAGCUCAGCUGCUUGCACAAAUGGAUGUUAGUAUGGGGGGAAGAGUGGCAGAGGAGCUCAUAUUUGGAACUGACCACAUUACAACAGGUGCUUCCAGUGACUUUGAUAAUGCAACUAAAAUAGCAAAGCGGAUGGUUACUAAAUUUGGAAUGAGCGAAAAGCUUGGAGUUAUGACCUACAGCGAUACAGGGAAACUGAGUCCAGAAACGCAGUCAGCUAUUGAGCAAGAAAUCAGAAUCCUUCUGAGGGACUCAUAUGAACGAGCAAAACAUAUCUUGAAGACUCAUGCAAAAGAGCAUAAGAAUCUAGCUGAAGCUUUAUUGAUCUAUGAGACUUUGGAUGCCAAAGAGAUUCAAAUUGUACUUGAGGGGAAGAAAUUAGAAUUAAGAUGAUAGAUCUCUUGAGAUGCGUACAUUGCUGGUUUUACCGCAAAAAUAUAAGUAGCAUUGCAGUAAGCUCCUUUCGCAACAUUUUUCUCCUAUUCUUGAUGUACUACCGCUCAAGGAUGUGAAACCCAUUGUCAGCCUUUUGUCACAUUUGUCUAAUUUUGGUUAUUCUCAUGAUACAUGCAGCAAACUAUCAAUCCAUUAGCAAAUAUGUUAAAGAAAAUAAAGAACUAUCAGGAUUGAAAACAGCUUGUCUGAGAAAUGUUCGUCAGUUAUUAAGUUGCACACAUGUAACGAUUUUAUGGUCUGUUACUCCACUAGAUGUAAAUAAAAUUGUGCCUUUAGCUCCUUGGAAGUGUUUUUACUUAGCAAAAUGAAAUUGUCGAAGAAUUGUCCUUAUUUCUAGAUAGUGCCAUUGAUCUUAGACAAAGAAGUGCUGUUUGGCUGCUGGUAAACCGUAUUUCUACAUACAUCAGUGGAAACUUCAUGAAGAUGCACUUAAUUAUGCUCCAGGUUGUCCAUAUAUAAAUGUUUUUUAAAAAUCUCAAGAAUGGAGAAUCGUUAAUGUGUAGAUACAA